UUUGCUGUAGCCAUCGAGGCCCAGGAACUAUAUCAGACAACAACAGGACCUGUUGCUCGACCACAAUGUACAAAGCAUAGUGACCCAACUCCCAAGUAUCAUUUCCAACCAUUCUCGUACACCUUGAAUGAAACAGUCCGGAUAAGAUACGCGACCUCGGUUCCUUCUCCAACGACUACGAAGACAUACGCCCCUGCUUAUACAGACGUUGCCAAACACUUGACUACUACCUGGUUGACUUCGACUUGGGGCAGUUGGGUUCCAGGACAAACAAUUAUCAGUGCCACUGACACAGAUGAUCCAUAUGGACAAGCUGCGUGGUCAUCGAUGUGGUUGGAAGCAGACCUUCAGAACUACACAACUACUGGGAUGUUCUCAACCACUGUCAGCCCUACACCAGUGCCCAGCAGUGAGCUAGUCUUACCACCGCGUGACUAUUUUGGACCUACAGAUUGCUAUAACUUCCCCAAGGACUUUGUGUUUGGAGUCGCGGGAAGUGCUGCCCAAAUUGAAGGCGCAGUUGCACUGGAUGGUCGAUCCCCUUCGCUACUGGAAAAGUUAGUACCAGAUAGCAAGCCAAAGGACUUCAUCACCAAUGAAAAUUACUUCUUGUACAAGCAAGAUAUUCAACGACUGGCUGCGAUGGGCGUGGAAUACUACAGCUUCACGAUCCCCUGGACCCGAAUUCUUCCCUUUGCUCUGCCAGGAACACCAGUUAAUCAACAAGCUAUUGAUCAUUAUGAUGACUUGAUCACUGCAGUUCUUGAUGCGGGAAUGACGCCGGUUGUCACAAUGCUUCACUUUGAUAGUCCAUUGAUGUUUGUUGCCAGCGACAACAUCACAACACGUCCUGAUAUUGGCUAUAACAAUGCAGGGUAUCAAAAUGAAACGUUUGUGGAUGCUUUUGUCAACUAUGGAAAGGUUCUGCUCUCUCACUACGCAGACCGUGUUCCGAUUUGGGUGACCUUCAAUGAGCCUCUUCUCUAUGCAUUCAACUUCAAAGGUGUUGACCACGUUGUCAAGGCACAUGCUCAAGUCUAUCACUUCUACCACGAGGAAUUGAAGGCCAGGGGAAGAAUAGGCAUCAAAUUCAAUGACAACUUCGGAGUGCCAAAAGACCCUAGGAACUCCAGCCAUGUGUUGGCAGCCGAUCGCUUCCAAGAGAUGCAACUUGGUUUCUUUGCCAAUCCAAUCUUUUUGGGGCAGCAGUACCCUCAAUCCGUUCUGAAAACUCUGCCCGGAGCAGAACCUUUAAGCGAUUCCGAGUUGGCCUAUAUCAACGGAACAUCUGACUUUUUCGGGAUCGACCCGUAUACCGCUACGGUGGUGUCCCCUGCAGAUGAAGGCAUUGAAUCUUGCGCUGCUAACACAUCAACCUCCAACUCGUUAUUCCCGUAUUGUGUCAACCAAGAAACAAAGAAUGUUUACGGAUGGAACAUUGGUUACCGCUCAGAUUCCUAUGUCUAUAUCACUCCAACUCAUUUCCGUGAGUACCUCUUUUAUCUAUGGAACACCUUCCACCACCCGAUCCUGGUCUCCGAGUUUGGGUUCCCUGUCUAUGCAGAAGCAGACAAAGAUCUGUCCGAUCAACUAUUUGAUUCCCCGCGCAGCAUCUACUAUCUCUCCUUCAUGUCUGAAAUUCUCAAAUCGAUCUACGAAGACGGAGUCCAUGUGAUGGGGGCGCUUGCUUGGAGCUUUGUCGACAAUUGGGAGUUCGGAGACUAUACCCAGCAAUUUGGCAUCCAAGCGGUCAACCGAACCACCCAGGAGCGAUCUUAUAAAAAAAGUUUCUUUGAUCUGGUGGAUUUUGUCAAAUCUCGCCAGCCCAAGAAGUAA